UUAAUCUGUUGUUCAAUGUUACCAGAUUUUUAUUGAUAAUUAAACAUUAGUUGAUUCAUUUAUGAUCUCAAUCAAGAGAACAACAACAACAUAACAACAAUCUCAAUAAUGAAAAUUCCCAUUUUGAUAUUUGGUAAUUAAAGAAGGAAUGAAUUCAGUGAAUAGAUUCCUUUUCAAUUAGUACUUUUUUUUUCAUUAUUGCUCUAUAUAUGAUUUACAAUAAUGAAAUAAUACUUAUCAAGUGGAUACGUUAAGUAAUAAUGACAUAUCGAUUAGAAAUAAUUAUUGAGUAAUUGAAAGAAAGAAGAUUAAUCACAAUCAAAUUAAUUAUUCGAUAAUCAAGAAGUUGCUAUGUUGCAUACUUAUAUCAUCUUUUGAUUGAUAGUUAUUAUUCACUUGAAUUAAAGUAUCUACACAUAACAUUUAAUCUCCUAUGAUCAUAUGUAGUAGUAGUAAUAGUAGUACAGAUUAGAACAAUUGUAAAGGAGAGCCUGAAUGACUUCACUGAAUAUUGUUCCAUUGUUGACAUAUUAAACUCUAUCUAUUCUUAAUUAUCUAAAUAUACAAAUAAUUAAUAAUGAAUAAAAGUCAUGUAUUCACUCAUAUUAUUCGUAGAACUAUUAAUGCUAAUAAUUAUCAAUUACAAUCAACUAAUUUAACUGUAUUAUGUUUAUGUAUUACAUUAAUUAUAUUAACAUGGUUAACUAAUUGUAUUCUACUUGGUGGUAUAUUACAAACAAAAGGAAAUGGUAAAAAUGUAUCGAUAGUUUAUUAUUUUAUUGGAUCACAAGCAAUAGCUGCUUUACUACAUGUAACAUUAAAUUUACCACCAUCAAUUGUGAAUAUACUAUUUGGU